CCCCAAACCACAGCCCGAGCUCGCUCCUGCGCGCGCGCUCUCCCAGGCCCAAGUGAAUAGUCCUCGCGCGAGCGGGACACGGCGGUGGAUGCAAUUCCGCUCGUCUACAGCCGCCAGGAGCUCCCUGGCGCCGCAGGCAGCGUCCUCCUCCGAAGCAGCUGCGCCUGCACCUGGGCAGCCUGGACCUUCGUGCCCUGCUCCCGGGGCCUCGCGCGGGGGUCGCCCCGGGACACCCCCUGUGGGCCGGGUGGAGGAGGAAGAGGAGGAGGAAGAAGACGUGGACUCGGACCCGACGCUGAACACCUGGCUGCGCUGCAGCCACUUCUCUUUAAGGGGGAGGAGAAGAGAGCCGGGGAGAACCAUGGGGGGCAGCGAAGUCCGGGAAUUUCUUUUGCAAUUUGGUUUCUUCUUGCCUUUGCUGACAGCUUGGCCGGGCGACUGCAGUCACGUCUCCAACAACCAAGUUGUGUUGCUUGAUACAACAACUGUGCUGGGAGAGCUAGGAUGGAAAACAUAUCCAUUAAAUGGGUGGGAUGCCAUCACUGAAAUGGAUGAACACAACAGGCCCAUUCACACAUACCAGGUAUGCAAUGUGAUGGAGCCAAACCAAAACAACUGGCUUCGUACAAACUGGAUCUCUCGUGAUGCAGCUCAGAAAAUUUACGUGGAGAUGAAGUUUACACUGAGGGAUUGUAAUAGCAUCCCGUGGGUCUUGGGGACUUGCAAAGAAACGUUUAAUCUAUAUUAUGUGGAAUCAGAUGAGUCCCAUGGAAUUAAAUUCAAGCCAAGCCAGUAUACAAAGAUUGACACAAUUGCUGCUGAUGAAAGUUUUACCCAGAUGGAUUUGGGUGAUCGCAUCCUCAAACUCAACACUGAGAUUCGUGAGUUGGGGCCUAUAGAAAGGAAAGGAUUUUAUCUGGCUUUUCAAGACAUCGGGGCAUGCAUUGCCCUAGUUUCAGUCCGUGUUUUCUACAAAAAAUGCCCCUUUACUGUUCGUAACCUGGCCGUGUUUCCAGACACUAUCCCAAGGGUUGAUUCUUCCUCCUUGGUUGAAGUAAGGGGCUCCUGUGUGAAGAGUGCAGAAGAGCGUGACACUCCUAAGCUCUAUUGUGGAGCUGAUGGAGAUUGGCUGGUUCCUCUUGGAAGAUGUAUCUGCAGUACAGGAUAUGAAGAAAUUGAAGGUUCUUGCCAUGCUUGCAGACCAGGAUUCUAUAAAGCAUUUGCUGGCAACACAAAAUGUUCUAAGUGUCCUCCACACAGUUUAACCUACGUGGAAGCGACUUCUGUCUGUCAGUGUGAAAAGGGUUACUUUCGAGCUGAAAAAGACCCACCUUCCAUGGCAUGCACCAGGCCACCUUCAGCUCCUAGGAAUGUGGUUUUUAACAUCAAUGAAACGGCCCUUAUUUUGGAAUGGAGCCCACCAAGUGACACAGGAGGGAGAAAAGACCUCACAUACAGUGUAAUCUGUAAGAAAUGUGGCUUAGACACCAGCCAGUGUGAGGACUGUGGUGGAGGACUCCGCUUCAUCCCAAGACAUACUGGCCUGAUCAACAAUUCCGUGAUAGUACUUGACUUUGUGUCUCACGUGAAUUACACCUUUGAAAUAGAAGCCAUGAAUGGAGUUUCUGAGUUGAGUUUUUCUCCCAAGCCAUUCACAGCUAUUACAGUGACCACGGAUCAAGAUGCACCUUCCCUGAUAGGUAUGGUAAGAAAGGACUGGGCAUCCCAAAACAGCAUUGCCCUAUCAUGGCAAGCACCUGCUUUUCCCAGUGGAGCCAUACUGGACUACGAGAUCAAGUACCAUGAGCAAGAGCAUGAGCAACUCACCUAUUCCUCCACGAGGUCCAAGGCCCCCAGUGUCAUCAUCACAGGUCUCAAGCCAGCCACCAAGUACAUUUUUCAUAUCAGAGUGAGGACUGCAGCAGGAUACAGUGGCUACAGUCAGAAGUUUGAAUUUGAAACAGGAGAUGAAACUUCUGACAUGGCGGCGGAACAAGGGCAGAUUCUUGUGAUAGCCACCGCAGCCGUGGGAGGAUUCACUCUUCUUGUCAUUCUUACUCUCUUCUUCUUAAUCACUGGCAGGUGUCAAUGGUACAUAAAGGCCAAAAUGAAGUCAGAAGAGAAGAGAAGAAAGGACUUACAGAAUGGGCAUUUACGCUUCCCAGGAAUUAAAACUUACAUAGAUCCAGAUACAUAUGAAGACCCAUCCCUAGCAAUCCAUGAAUUUGCAAAGGAGAUUGAUCCGUCAAGAAUACGCAUUGAGAGAGUCAUUGGGGCAGGUGAAUUUGGAGAAGUCUGUAGUGGGCGUUUGAAAACACCAGGGAAAAGAGAGAUCCCAGUUGCCAUCAAAACUUUGAAAGGUGGCCACAUGGAUCGGCAAAGAAGGGAUUUCUUACGAGAAGCAAGUAUCAUGGGUCAGUUUGACCAUCCAAACAUCAUUCGCUUAGAAGGUGUUGUCACAAAAAGAUCCUUCCCGGCCAUUGGGGUGGAAACGUUCUGCCCCAGCUUCCUGAGGGCAGGGUUUUUAAAUAGCCUCCAGGCCCCGCAUCCAGCGCCAGGGGGAGGAUCUUUGCCCCCCAGGAUUCCUGCUGGCAGACCAGUAAUGAUUGUGGUGGAAUAUAUGGAGAAUGGAUCCCUAGACUCCUUUUUGCGGAAACAUGAUGGUCACUUCACAGUCAUCCAGUUGGUCGGUAUGCUCCGAGGCAUUGCAUCAGGAAUGAAGUAUCUUUCUGAUAUGGGUUAUGUUCACCGAGAUCUAGCAGCUAGGAAUAUAUUGGUCAACAGCAACUUAGUAUGCAAAGUUUCUGAUUUCGGUCUCUCCCGAGUGCUGGAAGAUGAUCCAGAAGCUGCUUAUACAACAACUGGUGGGAAAAUUCCUAUAAGGUGGACAGCCCCAGAAGCUAUUGCCUACAGAAAAUUCUCCUCGGCAAGUGAUGCAUGGAGCUAUGGCAUUGUCAUGUGGGAGGUCAUGUCCUAUGGAGAGAGACCUUAUUGGGAAAUGUCUAACCAAGACGUCAUCCUGUCCAUUGAAGAAGGUUACAGACUCCCAGCUCCCAUGGGCUGUCCGGCAUCUCUACACCAGCUGAUGCUCCACUGCUGGCAGAAGGAGAGAAAUCACAGACCAAAAUUUACUGACAUUGUCAGCUUCCUUGACAAACUGAUCCGCAAUCCCAGUGCCCUUCACACCCUGGUAGAGGACAUCCUUGUGGUGAAUGGACUCCACAGCCAGUGCCCGCCAGCGGAACUCUCUGACUGUUCUAUGACUGUAGAAGCAGGCAGAAUGCCAGACUCCCCUGGUGAAGUUCCCGAAUAUCCUUUGUUUGUGACAGUCGGUGACUGGCUGGAUUCUAUAAAGAUGGGGCAAUAUAAGAAUAACUUCAUGGCAGCAGGGUUUACAACUUUUGACCUGAUUUCAAGAAUGAGCAUUGAUGAUAUUAGAAGAAUUGGAGUCAUACUCAUUGGACACCAGAGACGAAUAGUCAGCAGUAUACAGACUUUACGAUUACACAUGAUGCACAUACCGGAGAAGGGAUUUCAUGUAUAAAAGUACUACACGCACCUGUGUUUUGUGCCUCAGUAUUUCUAAAAUGAAAGAUAUCCUCUCUACUACCCUCUCUUCUGAUUCUCCAAACAUCACCUCACAAACUGCAGUCUCCUCUUCAGGCUACAGGCACACAUACCUUUUGUUUAUACUUCCAACCUGGAUUUAAAAAUCAUUCUUCAUAGCUCCUCUCUGAAUAACCUGCAAAUAAAACCCUGGCGCACUGCAGAUUAUCACUACACGUGGUAAAUAACUCAGCAUGGAUGUGUAACUUUGUAUAACUGUAUUUCAGAAGUGUUCAAGGACUUAAUCCAAAGGAAUUUGGGGUUAAUGAUGUAUUUAGAGUUUGAUGGUAGAUGAAAAAGAAAUAGUUAACCUUUCUUUCAUGUUUUGUGAUCAAGUAUUUUCCAAACUAACAUGAAUAAUUAUUUUUUAGAUAAUUAUACUCAACUCUGUGGGUCAUAUUGUUACUUUAUUCUACAAUUCUUUACCUGUCAAUGCCUGAUAUUGUUAGAAUUGUUUGUAGAAAAGAUCAAUGAUUUCAUGUAGUGAAUUCUUUUCAAGUGUGACUAUGGUGAGAAGGGAGUCAUCAAGGGAGAGAGAGGGAGAAACAUACUGUGCUUCUAAAACUUCUAAGUCUUGGUUUGUCUUUUUAUUAUUAUUAUUAUUAACUUGAUAGUGUCUUUCACAUGUCAUAGUAUGUGGUAGUUUAGAGGCUUUUCCAUGUAAUUUUUUUUUUACUAUCAAUAUGUUUCUCAACUACAUUAUAAAGAUCACGCCUGGAAAGACCAAGAGUGAGUCCAUUGCUCUAGAGGCUUUCAAUAGAGGGAAGCAUGGAAUAAAUCCAUGACUGUUCCCUUGGUUUAUCGUCAUAAAUUUGCAAGAGUAAUAAAGCAUUGAGAAAAUUAAUUAUUCGUAGCAGAAUUGCUUUGAAUAGAAGAUCUAAGAGUUUAGCCUUAGAUAAAAUGUAAAAAGAUUUAAUUUAAACAGAAUUUUAUGAUAGUUAUAUGGUGGCCUAAGAAAAUAAACACAUAGAGCUAGUCUAAUACUGGUACAUUUUGCAAAUUUAAGAAUUUUUGUUUUGUUCAUGAAAAUAAGUUGCAUAAACAUGCUGAGCUGUUUUCCAAACCUUCCAAGGUACAAGUAUGCCAUUGCAUACACAGAAGAAGGUAUAAAAAGAUCAUAAAUGAAUUGUGUGCAACCUGAAUCCUUGCUACAGUAACAUAAAAAUAUAAACACAGCUAAGAUGUAUUGUUGCCAUAAUCUUCUGGAGGCUGCAAAAACAGGCAAAUAUAAUUUUCAUUGAACUAAGUUGAGUCAGCUUAUCAAAACAGUACUGUAUUAUGAACAAAUUCAACUAUAAAAUCAGCUGUUCCCUGUGAAACUAAAAAAAAAAAAAAUGACUACUGUGCUAGGUGGAAGAGUAGCAAGAAUGUAUUAAGAGAGGGAAAAAAAAGAGCAGGUUGUCUAAAAAUACUGGUUUAAUAUAAAAAUUAGGUUUUAUUUGAUCUUGGAGCUAAAGAUGCCCUACCCACAUUCUCAAAUUCCUGCCUAAAUUACAUUUUUUUGGUGAUAAUAGUUUUCUUGCCAUAAAGGAGUCCCUGUUUUUCCUUAUUUUAAGAUUUGUGGAUUGUCCCAUUAGACUAGGCCCUUCCAUAUACUUCUUUUGCUCUGAUUUUUGUCAACCACAGCUAAAUUUUUCUCAUUUAAUAAAAAAAAAGAGAGAGAGAUAGAAGGAACAGUCUUUAAAGUAUCCAUUAUAGUACACUGAAAAAGAAAAAAAUGGGCAAUCCCUCACUUUUUAAGUGUGUCAGAAAUAGCUAGCAACAUUUUCUAACCGUCACCCACACAGUCAUGCAUCACUUGCAGGCUGUCUGUGGUUUGCUUGAUACAUUUACACAGAUCUGGAUACUUUUAGAGAAAAUGUAAAAUUUCCAU